AUGAAUUUUUUUAGGGGCAUAAAUCUGAAGUUCUGGAAAUCUCCUGAAAGUGUGGCCUAUUCAAAUGACAAAAAGGAUUGGCCGUAUCAAGGUCGCACUGAAGAUCAAUCUUACCUGUAUGAGAUUGUAGAGAACAGACGUAACGGCAUUGACGCCUAUAAAUGGGAUUACAUGGCCAGAGACUGCCACCAUCUGGGCAUCAGAAACAACUUUGAUCCCUAUCGUUACAUGAAGUUUGCACGAGUCAUUGAAGUUGAUUUGGAACUGCAGAUUUGCAUGAGGGAUAAGGAAGCUUUAAACCUGUACAACAUGUUUCAUACCCGCUACGUCCUUCAGAAAUUUGCUUACCAACACCAGGUUACUUGUUGUUUGAAUGUCAUGAUUUUAAAAAAUAAUUAA